AUGAAUCCUCUUCUUGUGCUUGGGUCUAUCCUUUGUUUAGUUUCUCUUUCUUAUGCAAGAGAUAUCAAAAUGGGGGUCUUUCUUCCUUUCACUGGUGGUUGGCCUGGUGGUCCCAGGAUGGCAUCAGCAAUUCUGAUUGCUAGGGACAAAGUAAACAGUGACCCUUACUGGCUACAAGGACAUAACCUGACCUUUGUACUUAAAGACAGCAAAUGUGAAGCAAGAACAUCUCUUGCAACACUGGUAGACUACUACACAAUAGAAAACCCCAAAGUUGAUGUCUACAUUGGCCCUGGAUGUUCAGUUGCAUGUGUCCCUGGUGCCUACAUAGCAGCUCACUGGAAUAUUCCCAUGAUAUCUUGGGGAUGCACAGCUUCAGUGCUAUCAGACAAAACACAGUAUCCUUACUUUGUACGGACGGCUGGCACAUACACUGGUCUGGGAGAUCUCUUAAGGGCCUUCUUAGAAAACUACAAAUGGGAUCGCAUAGGCUUCAUGUCUUCAACAGAAACAGUUUUUUCAGAGGCUGCUAAUACAGCAAAGGUCACCCUUGAGAGAGAUGGCAAAUAUUCAGUACCCUUUUUUGGUAGCUUUUCCCCUGGAGCAACUGACCUCUUCAAACUUAAAUCCAUGGUCAGGUCAAUGGCAACCAAGGCACGUGGUAAGUAACAAGAACAAACUUGACAGAGGACAUGCAUACAGACAAUAUUGAUGCAAAAUAAUCUUUUGUGUUCUUUAUUACAAUUGCUAACUGUUGUAAGCUUAAUAAUUAAUAUCAAAUUGAAGAUCAUGAUAAAAUGAGUUGUAUAGUGACCAACUUAUCUUUACUUUACAGUUUUCAUGUUACUUUGCUAUGGUGAUGCUAUGAGAAGUCUAAUGCUUAUCUUCAAUGAGCUGGGCCUGUUGAAUGGGGAAUAUGUGAUAGUUGCCUUGGAGACACUUUAUGAUUCAUGCCAAGCUGGUGAUGCCAGAGAUGAUGAGGCUUGCAAAGCUUUCGAAGGAAUCAUUGAUGUUAGUCAGUAUAUUCCAGAUUCACAGGAUUAUACAGAUUUUACAACAGCUGUUUACAACAGGAUGCCUGAAAUGAACUACUCAAUGAAUGCACCUAACGAAGUAAGAACAUUUCUUACAUGCCUGAAAUGUAUUAAGGCAAGGCACAUUUACCCUUGAACCUGAAAUCCUGUACUGUGAUUCAUGAAAUGAAACAAAUGAAAGAGGGCAAAACUCAUCAAUGCACUAAGUGAUAUCAUGAAUAAGUCUUCCUUAGACCCCUAUCAAUCCCAACACUUCGUUAUCAGCCUACUGAUCAUCAAAUGACUUAAUUGUAUUAUUGAUUUUUUCUGCUAGACUAACAUCUAUGCUGCAUACCUUCAUGAUGCCAUUCUUUUGUAUGCAUAUGCCCUAAAUGAAUCUUUGACCCAAGGUGUGGCCAUAACUGAAGGGGCAAAUGUGUCAAAGUCACUGAUAGGAAAGCAAUUCCUAGGUAAGCAUGCUUUUAAGCAAAAUUCUUGAUAAGAUGGAUCCAUUUUGAUACACCAGCAGUUUCAGCUAUUAACAUGAAUUAAAAAUAUCCCUCUCAAGCAAUAUUGUCAUCUGCAUUAUUUUAUUAAGUACACAUAAACCUCCUUUGUGUCAGUAUUCUACAACUACAACAACAUUAAUUUUCUAGCAAACUGUGUCACUGAGCCCCAAAGAAAGAAACAGCUUGUGAAUACUCAUAUGUAAGAGCUGAGGUGAAUUCUUUAUUCUCCAAUGCUAAUAGGCGUAUCAGGUCCUGUUGGUAUUGAUGAAAAGGGAGACAGAGUUGCCUCUUAUAGGCUGCAAUCAUUUCUACCUGGCAUGUCAAGUGUAAGAGUUGCAAAUUUCUUUGGCACAACUGGAGAACUUCAGCUUUUGAAUCAAACUAUCCUGUGGCCUGGUGGUGCCACAGAGAUUCCCCUUGGAAGACCAGCAUGUGGUUUUGACAAUGAAUUUUGCAAAGAGGCCACAAAAGGUAAAGAAGAAAUUUAUAGUGUCUAAUUGAACAAGGUUUGAGUUCCCUGUACACAUUGAAAACAGUAAGCAAGAGAAAGUGUAUGUUAAUUCCAGUAUGCAGAUAACCAGGUCAAAAAUAUGGAUUGUUGGGCAAGUAUAAUGUCAAAAGACUAGGCCCAAGUUGUUCAAAACUGGGUUAAGAUAACCCAGAGUAAGUGCAAAAUUUGAUUUCAGGUCUGAAAGCUUGAAAAGAAAAUUCAGUUCACAUCUUUUUUCUUGUAAUUUGAUCAUUGUAUGUUCUAAAAAGAAUUAGGAAAAUUUUCCCUUAAAGGCUUUUGAACAAAGAAAUAAAGAAACCUGGAUUAAAAUUGAACCCUGGGUUAGCACUAAUUGGCCUUUGAAAAAACUGAGCCCAGAGGGUUAUAAUAACAGUGCACCUAAAAGUGAAGUUAACAUCUCCAACAUAAUCACACCUUUAAGUUCAUCAUUGAUUUCAAUCGUAACUGUCAUAACUUUUGUUUUCUAGAGGAGGAUCCUACUUGGCCAUACAUCUUGGCAGGAUGUCUUACCUUUGUUUUGAUUGUUUCAAUUCUGGUUGGGUUUUUAUUGUGGCAGAGGUAAGCUUGUAAGUGUUUAGAAAAUAAUUAGUAAUCUCUUGAACUUCAACGUCCUGGAUGAGAAAUGGUAUAGAAAAAGACUUAAACCCACCAAAAUAUUAACGACAGUCUCUGAAAUCUCUUUUGUUUUUUCACCCUCAUCUUUGUUGGUGUUUAAUAGGAAACAAGCUUUUGAAGCAUCACUGUUGGCUCAAACAUGGAAAGUGGAAUAUGAUGACAUACAAUGGCCAAAGAAUAAAGGAAAGCUAGGGAGCAGAAAGAGUGGGGUAUGUAGUGUUGAUAUGACUGAUGCUCUGUGUCAAUUCCUAUUUAAAUUUGUAUUAUUUUCCAGUCAUCGAAGACUAACUCUUUCAACUUUAUUCUCCAACCAUUCUUGUAUAAUGAAAACAUCUUAAUGAACAGAGAGAACAUGGAAAACUUGGACUGUGUUACAAAAUUGCCCAAUCAUAGAUCUAAGCAUCAAUACUUAUUUUAGACUAAUAAAUUACUCUUCUUAACUCUUCUUAACUCUUCUCUGCAGCGAAGUAUGACAGCAGCAAGUGAGCGUGGCUCUAUAGAGGACCUCCGAGGACAAAUAUUCACUGUUCUUGGAAUUUAUGAGGUUCUCUUUAACUCUUUAUUUCUCAUCAGGAACAAAUGCUAAUUUAUUUGUUUACUCGUCAGAUUUCUCAUCUUAGGAUUGUCAUUUUAACAAACAUGAAAUUGAUCUUUGAGGAAAUAUUUAUUCAUGUGAAAUUCAUGGUUGUAUACUGUAACUAAAAUACUUGGUGCAAUUUAAAUACCUUGUACAAAAAGCUCUCUUAGUGAAAUGCUGCAAACUUGGAAUCUGCAUAAUUUUAGAUUAAAUAACUGAUUUUGUGAAGGCCUUUGGGGUUUAUCAGUUAAUGCAGUUUCUUUAUUCAUUUUUGUAUAUCACUCUUGUACUUGUUGUAUAUUAAGGAAUCAAGGUAUUAAAACUUAAAGUCUUUCAUAGUAAAACCUUGUCUUUACUUUACAACAUACAUAUGGCGAUAGAGCUAUCUGUUAAGGACAUUGGUGACUGGAGGCUGGAUGCUGUGCAACAAACUCAAGUUAAAUCAGGAUAAAACAGAACUUUUGGUUAUUAGUUCUAAUUAUCAUCCACGACCACCCCUGGACUAUAUGCAAAGAAGUAAUCAAAUCUAGUAAACAGGCCAGGAACUUAGGAGUUGGAUUCGAUCAAUAUUUAGAUUUCAAAGAACCUGUGAAAGUAAUAUGCAAGAGUGCAUUUUUCCACAUUCACAGUAUCGCUAAAAUUAGGUGAUACCUAUCCCAGAGUACUACUGUGGCUAUUGUUCAUGCUUACAUAACAUCACGUUUGGACUAUUGUAAUGCCCUACUGUAUGGUCUCCCGAAGUAUCUGAUUAAUAGACUUCAGCUUUUACAGAACUUGGCAGCUUACCUUGUUACCUUGACUAGAAGGCAGGAACAUAUCACACCAAUACUAAGGAGCUUACAUUGGCUGCCAGUUCAUUAUAGGAUAGUUUUAAAAAUAUUGUUGCUGACUUACAAAGCUCUGAAUGGACUGGCCCCAGAUUACAUUAAAGACCUAUUGAAGUAUAAUGACUCUCAUCGCACACUUAGAUCUUCAAACAACAGGUUGCUUGAUGAGCAUAGAGUGAAUUUUAAAACAUGGUGAAAGGGCUUUUUCUGUGGUGGCACCAAGGCUCUGGAAUAAACUAUCACUCCAGAUCAGGCUUUCGUCAUCAGAGGCAGCUUUUAAGGCUAAUUUUAAGACUUAUCUUUUUAAGCGUGCAAUUGAUUUGUAGUUUUUACUUGUAGUUGUAGUAUAUUUAAUUCUUAGGAUUUUAAUUUUUACGGUUUUUAGAGUAUUAUAAAGUGCCAUGGACAAUUAAUAGAAGAUGGCGCUAUAUAAAUGUAUUCAAUUAAUUUAAUUACUUAUAAUUAAUUAAUUAAUUUAAUUACAUAGUUCAGCUUUUCCCAACAAUUGUAACCCUUGUCAAUUAUGGACUCUGAUUCUUGACAGGGGAAUUUAGUGGCUGUCAAAAGAUUACAGAAGGCCAAAGUUGCUCUGGAACGUGAAGUGCUGUUGGAACUGAAAGAGGUAAAACAGAAAAUUGAAGUCUUAACUUCCCUCUUUUUGAUAACUUUCCCCGCUUCUACAUUAUAAUAAUAUUUUUAGAACAAAAAAAGCUCCAAAAGUCUGAGUCAGAUGAAUGUAUCAGAUGUAUCUGAACAGUAGAAAGCCAUCAAAAUGAGGUUAAAAAUGUUUAUUUAUUUUGUAAAUUUGCAAUUGCUAUAAGACUUCUAUCGAAAAGGUCUUUGUUUACUCAGAUGAAAGAUAUCAACCAUCAACACAUUCAUUGGUGUCUGUAUUGAUCCUGGAAACAUCUGCAUCUUAACCCAGUACUGCAACAAAGGAAGUCUCCAGGUAAAAUAAGAACUGAUUUGAAAUGACAAAUUAUCAGCAUAUCUCGCACUUAACUGGGUCUUGAGGUCUUAUUUUUUCAGACCAAAAAAAGUGCACUCUUUUCAUAACUGAAUAUUUUUCAGGAUGUGUUGCAUAAUGACAGCUUGAAGUUGGAUUGGAUGUUUCAGAUGUCAAUUUCAUCGGACAUUGCAAAGGUGUGUACAGUUUUUAGUACUGCAGUCAGUUUGAUGCUCUAUCAACCUUACCAUCUUCAUAUUCUAGCUACACAAUUUGAGAUAAAUUCCUUGUGAUGUCUUACCAAAAGGUACACAAUAUUUUUACUGAGCACUUUUGGUCACUUUCCUCCCUAUUUAAUAACUGCUUUAAAAUGAACAAUUCAACACCCUUAGUAUGUUAGUUGAAUAAUUAGUUAGUAGUGAAAAUAAUUUUUAUCCAGUGUAACUUAGUUGAGAUUUGCCUGGUUUUCUAGGAAAAUAAACAUUUCCUGUCUCUCAAAUAAGCUGCAUUUUAAUCAAAUCCCAUAGCAUCAGCUGAAUUCAUAGUCCCAUUCAUCAAAAGAUAUUUUCCAUCAAUUUAUUGUGCAACAGGGCAUGCACUUCCUGCAGAAUAGUCCAGUUCAGAUACAUGGCAACUUAAAGUCAUCAAAUGUGUUGAUUGACAGCCGCUGGACAUGCAAACUAACGGACCAUGGGUUGUUUCUUUUCAAAGAAGGACAGGAGAUUGAUGUGGAAGCUGGUGAAGAUUCCAAGUAUUAUGGUAAAUACAUUUUUGAUGGGAAAAGGAGUUUGGUUCAGUCCAAUAAUUUUCUGAUUCCUUUCUAAUUUAAGACAAUCUUUGGAAAGCACCAGAACACAUCCUCAAUGACCAGUAUCCUCAUUCUCAACCUGGAGAUGUGUACAGCUAUGGAAUCAUCCUUUCUGAAAUUGUAACUCGUGGUUUACCCUUCAGCAUGUAUGAGGACUUGUCAGCUCAGGGUAUGUAUUCUGUGCCAAUUUUUUUAAGGUAGCACUGAAACUACAUUACAUGAAUGUAAGUCUAACUAACUAUAAAAACAGGGUCACAAACAUUUUUUAUCAGUUAGACCCAGAAAGAUAAAAAUUAAUGAUUGGAAGCACUUCUAGGAGGAUUGAGUGUUGCUUCAAUGACCUACAAUUAUCAGAAACGGAAACCUACUAGUUCUGCAAUAAUUGGGAAUUUGUUUGAUACCAUUUGAAAAGAAUCAAGUAUUGACAGUACUGAUUUGUAAGAGAAUUAGUGCUUUAAAACAAACCAAAAUGUUGGUUUAGCCUUGUAUACUUUGCUGCUAAUCUGAAGCUUUCACAUACAGGAAGGAUAUUAGAUAAAUGGGCACACUUUGCGGGGGAACCUAAAAAUUCCACCUAUUUUAUUGCUCAUCUGCUCAUAUUCACUCAUCUACCACUCAAAGUGAACAAUGGUACAUAAAACUACCACUUACACAAGCAUAGCUAAGGAUACCUUCAAGUAAGGUUGAAGUUUUUAUUUUUAUGAUCUAAAAUUCCACUUAUGUAUAACUUUGAUUUAACAUUUCUUAAGCUGUUGUUGAGCGUGUUAAAAAAGGAGAGAUCCCAUCCUUCCGCCCACGUAUCACCAAGGACACUGUAGGACAUACUCUCUAUGUUGACAUGAUGAAACUGUGCUGGGAUCAGGACCCACUCGCCAGGCCUAAGUUUUCGGACUGCAUCAAAUAUCUUAAGCGGAUGAACAAAGGAAAGUAAGUGAACAGAUGACCGAGUUUGGAAGGUUUCUGUUGUAAUUACAGUUUCAUUACACACGUUUGUUACAUCUAUCUCAAAACACUAAGUCUCUGCUUUACACAUUUUAAAGACAAAGAAGUGUAAGGUAUUGUCAGUAAUUUCAGAAAUAUUUGGGUUUGAGGCAUUUAUGAUGAUGGCUUACGAGAGACACACUAUUCGUAAAUUUGUUGUAAUUUCUGCUUGUUUUCUUCAGGGACUUCAAUAUUAUGGAUACUAUGAUCACCAUGAUGGAAAAGUACACAGAUCACUUGGAAGACAUUGUCGCUGAGCGAACAGCUGAGCUUGCAGCUGAGAAAGCAAAGACUGACGAGCUUUUGUACAGGAUGCUUCCAAAGUAAAUUGCACUUAAAACUGCCUAGAAUUAAGUACCAUGCAAACCUUUUUCAAUACAAUUCAUAUAAGAAUAAGGAAUAAGCCUGCUGCCUUACCCUGCAACAGUCAACAUUCACGGUACCUUGAUAUACAUUUGGUGUCAGGUAUACGCAUGGCGUGUGCCAAUCCAGCUAUGGUUUCCAAGAGGUGAUGAAGGCUUUGUUUGGUUGGAUUUCAGGCUGUUCAGAAAUCUUACUUUUUAUUCUUUCCAUAAUUUGACUUAUAUAUUCUUGACUAUCUCUGUGGAAAAUUUCAACUACUUCCGAAGAUCCAAAUACGCCGCCAUUUUGUGUAUUCCCUAACCCAGUCUUACAACCUGUGCUCACGGUCGCUGAUAUUUGAUGGUAUUUACGAUGACAUCUUUUGUAUUCACUCUUAUGCUACUUACUUCUUUGUUUGGUUUUGUUUGAUGACAGGUCUGUGGCAGAGGAACUUAAGAGAGGGCAGCCUGUUACUGCCGAAACCUUUGAUUCCGCUACACUUUUUUUCAGUGAUAUCGUUGGUUUCACCAAGCUAGCAUCUGAGAGCACGCCCUUACAGGUACAUAUGCUACCGAAUAGACAUGUCGUAAGUCGACCUCGUGAUAUCGAUUUGUUAGAAAAUACUUUUUUUUGGUUUAUGUGUUUGUAGAUUGUUGACUUGCUCAACGACCUGUACACUUGCUUUGACGAAAUCAUUGACAUGCAUGAUGUCUACAAGGUAAGACAUGUUACAUGACUAAGUACCUAAGUGUCUUCUCCAGCGUAAACAAGGUUAAGCUCAUCGGUAGUUGAGUCACUUUAAUAGAAUGCCUUGACAGGAGAACACCUUUAUUCAUCCAUUGCUUAUAAUUCAGGUUGAGACCAUUGGUGAUGCCUACGUAGUCGCUUCCGGGCUACCAAACAGGAAUGGAAUUAGACAUGCUGGCGAGAUCAGUAACAUGUCCUUAGAUUUGCUGUCAGCAAUGACUACUUUUAAAAUAAGGCAUGUUCCAGGAAGGCAGCUACAGCUCAGAAUUGGGAUUCAUACAGGUUAGAAACCUUCUAACUCAGCUUCAUUUCAGGUCAUGAGUUCAUAAACUGACUUGCACAAGGGUUUAGCGGGAUCUUCCAAUGUGAGGAUCAGUCCUAUGUACAUGAUUCACACUUCACAGGUCUUCACACUUUCAUUUUUAUUUUCAUACAUAUUUACAAGAGCUUUCUUUGACCCGCAGAUAGCAAAUGCUAAUCGAGGCGAGACAAUUUUUUUUCCUAACUAACUUAAUUUAAUUACACUGGAAAUAAAACGGAAAUGAAGAAAUAUAACAUAAAAAGACGAAAGGAUACACAAGAACAGAAAAAAAGGAAAAUGACAUAUGUUCAAUUGUAAAGGAGAGAAAGUCCUAGAGUUUCUUUUAAGUGUACGAAACAUAUUGUAGAAAUGGUUCAAUUUGGUCCGGUUGUACUUUGUUUGAAUUUUAGCGUUAUCUCAUCAGGCUCCAUGUGAGAAUCUUCAGUUUCUAGGAUAUUGAGAUUAGCGUCUUGCUGACAUUAAGGGGCACGCCAAGUUAUAAAAUAAUUAUCACCAUAACAUGGGAGUUAUCACCACUUCAGCGUCGCCCUUAUGGAGCCCUGGAAAAUUUAACAAAAGAAAAAUAAAAGAUUUGGUAUGAGGAAAUUAUUUGUGUUUCUGACUUAAACAAUGCCUCCUUUCAGGUCCCGUGGUUGCCGGGGUUGUUGGUCUCAAAAUGCCGCGGUAUUGCCUGUUUGGUGACACGGUCAACUAUGCGUCAAGAAUGGAGUCUUCCGGUUUGGGUAAGGAAGAGCUUCUCAGUAUGCCUUACACUCACACGGGAGAAUUGUAGGAAAUUCCGUUUUUCGCGCUGAUUUCAACCUUAAAUUGGCUUCAGUGUUAUUCCCUACAAUGAAGAGGGUUCCAUAAAGGGCCUAGGUUGUUUGGGUAUGAAAGAUUUUGCAUGUAUGAUGUCUAACUAACAAGCGUUGAGCUGAGCAGUUGUACAUGAUUCUUUGGAACCGAUGACAUUUUUGAUCUUCUUGUUCCCUUCCCAGACACUCUCGUUCAGUCAGUUUCCAUUAAUAAGCGUGUACCUUAACUCAAAUUUCAUUUAUCUAUGGAGUAACUUUCAACAUUUCCGCAGUUUGGUUAUCCCUUUCUCAAAAUUGUUGGCAAUUCAUUUUCAGUCCGCCUUUCCGGCUUUGACUCCCUCACUUACUAUAGCCCUACGAUUUUUCAGCUCUUCGAAUUCACGUGAGUCCUGAAUGCAAAGAAGUUCUUGAUGAACUUGGUGGAUACGUGUUGCAAGAAAGAGGUUUCGUUGAAAUGAAGGUAAGGGAGCCUUUAUCUAUUUUACAUGAUCAAAUCUUUUAGAGCAAGUGCUUUGUUACUGCGAGAACUUAUCAGAAUAUCCUUGGCAUGAAGCAAUUAGGAUCGAAUGCAUAUUGAAGUUUGUGUUCAAAUGUUCGUAGAAACAUCUGUAACUGCCUCAGACGACGACCUGCUAUAAGUUAGCGAGUAGUCUUAUUAGCACUCUGAAGCAGCAAAUAUAAGUUGUAAAUUCGAUGCUUGCGAUAUUCUAAAAUCCCAACUCAACGUGCUUCGUCCAGAAUGACGGUACAUUGUAAUCAAGCUUUUCAUUUAACUUUCAGGGCAAGGGGAGCAUCCUUACGUAUUUCUUAAAAACAAGAGAAGGAUUUUACAAACCUCUUCCGGAUCUCUCCAUGGCGGCUGGCAUGGAAGAGCACUCUUUUAAGUAG